AUGAAUUUUGCGGAUGCUUCGGAACAAAAAAUGUUGGUCAAUACUUGGGAUAAUUGGAAAAGGAAAAGCCAAGCAAAGGGCCUUGAAGAUGUUCGGCAGCUUAGAUGGCUCUCACUUCGUCCUAUGUCUAGUUUCAAAUCUUUUUUUCAUUUUUUUUUGUCUUGUCACAACUUUCUUCUCAAUUUUUUAACUAUCACUUGCCCUAUUAGAAGCUUCUCAGUUUCGAAGAAACCCGAACUUGUCGUUCUCACUCCUCAAAUCCAUUACAUGUCCGAAAAGGAAAUUAACUAUUAUUGGAAAUAA